AUGCAUACGACUACUAGUCGUCUUCUAAUCUGCUUCGACCUAUCGUCGCUGACGAGAUCGGUGAAGAGGAACGGAGACGAUCGAAGACUACGAUCGUCUGUUCUACUGCGUACUACUUCGACGAUAUAUAACGACGUCUUCGUGACCGUGCCCGUCCCUUCCCAUCAGGCACCUGUGAUGCUUCGGGUGGUGGUCUCCACAGUGUGGUGUUUCGGCAGCCGCCGUCGCCCCCCCCCUGCUGCGUGCGUCCCUUCCCAUCAUGCACCUGUGAUGCUCUGGUGUCUCCACAGUGUGGUGUGGCAGCCGCACAUCGCCCCCUGCAGACAUUGUACCAUCGUUGUGCAGCCGUGUGGAAACCAUGAGGACACGUUUUUUGUGACUUGA